AGCAGCCAAAAUGAGCGUGUUCCGCUCCUGGCGCAUCUCUGAGCGCAGCGACGCGCAAACUCUCAACGCCCGAGACUCGAUAAAACAGCGAACUAUUACGGCCUGGUAGAUUUCCCUGUCCGUCUAAGGAACCAAAAGUCUUGGAAACCCAACCUCGCAGCGAGAAACGCGGCUCCUGUCGGUGGGGUUUUGCCCAGGAGGCGGACCUUAAACGCAACCCCCACAGUGGAGCCGAGGAUCGUCUUACAAUGCCGACCAUUUCCCAAAGCACAUUGUAGCUGCGCCGUCGGAGAUUGGGGUGCGUUUAAAAAAAAGAAAAAACCCAAGCAAGUAGACAGAUAGUAGCAGCCAGAGAAUAAAAAAAGACAGAGAUAGAGAAUCCUUCGUAAGUAGCGCAGAUCAUCGAAUUUCUGCCUCUCACCAGAGGAGUUGAGCUGAAAACCUCCAGGAAAGAGCCUUCUGAUAUUCAAGAUUUUUUAAAUUGAUUCGACAUUCACAAGCACACAGAACUGUGUUACGUCUUGGAAGAUGGAGCCUGCUCAGUCAGAGAUGAACAUAUUAUCCAACGGAAAAAAUCACGAUCUCGUGGAUGACAUGGGCAUGCCAAUGAAGACAAUGCUUGAUGAGGAGCAAAAUGGCACUCAAACAGUCAGGUUUGAUGACCCAGAAGGAGGACAGGAGAGUGAGGAGUUUUUGCCCAGUGCAGAUGGAAAAAAGCCUAUACGUUUCACAGAUUUUGAAGGAAAGACCUCUUUUGGCAUGUCGGUCUUCAACCUGGGAAAUGCCAUUAUGGGCAGUGGAAUCCUGGGUUUGGCUUAUGCCAUGGCCAACACUGGCAUACUCCUCUUUUUGUUUCUUCUGACUGCAGUCGCAGCCCUGUCAUCUUACUCCAUUCAUCUUCUGCUUAAAGCCUCUGGAAUUGUGGGAAUUCGAGCUUAUGAACAGCUGGGGUAUAGGGCCUUUGGCACUCCUGGAAAAAUGGCUGCUGGUAUCGCGAUCACCCUGCAGAAUAUUGGAGCUAUGUCCAGCUACCUGUACAUUGUAAAAUCUGAGUUACCGCUGGUCAUCCAAGCUUUCCUGAAGGCAGAUCCCAACUCUGAUCUGUGGUAUUUGAAUGGAAACUACCUGGUCAUCAUGGUCUCUGCAAGUGUCAUCCUGCCCCUUGCUUUAAUGAAACAACUCGGUUACCUUGGGUACACCAGUGGCUUUUCUCUCAGCUGCAUGGUCUUCUUCCUCAGUGCAGUUAUCUAUAAGAAGUUUCAGAUUCCCUGCCCCUUUGAGGAGUUUUCAGCCAAUAGCACUGCGGCACACGUCGGCCUGAAUGCUUCAAGCCACGUCCAUGAGUACAACAAUGGGGUGGUUCACGAGGACGUUGACUCCAUCUGCACCCCUCGCAUGUUCACCAUCAACUCACAGACGGCAUACACAAUCCCCAUCUUGGCUUUUGCUUUUGUUUGCCACCCUGAAGUGUUGCCCAUUUACACAGAGCUGCGCAAUCCAACAAAGAAGAAGAUGCAAAAAGUGUCCAACCUCUCCAUCUUUAUCAUGUACAGCAUGUACUUUCUGGCCGCUCUCUUUGGCUACCUGACCUUUUAUGGCAAUGUGGAGCCUGAACUCCUGCACACUUACAGCCGCAUUGAUCCGUAUGACACUUUGAUCCUGUGUGUGCGAGUGGCGGUCCUCACCGCCGUCACACUGACCGUGCCCAUCGUCUUGUUCCCGGUGCGCAGAGCCAUUCAGCACAUGUUAUUCCCCAGCAAGUCUUUCAGCUGGUUACGUCACAUCGCCAUUGCUGUCACUCUGCUUAUCCUCAUCAACUUGCUGGUGAUAUUUGCUCCUAACAUUUUGGGCAUCUUUGGCAUCAUCGGUGCCACGUCGGCUCCCUGCCUCAUUUUCAUUUUCCCUGCUGUCUUCUACAUCCGCAUUGUUCCUAAAGAGGACGAACCCCUAACCUCCACUACCAAGAUAGUGGCCAUUUGUUUUGCUGCACUGGGCGUCUCCUUUAUGGUGAUGAGUCUGAGCUUCAUUAUCAUUGAUUGGACAACAGGAGGCGGCCAAGCUAUCGGGGGCCACUAGAUACCUUCUUCAGUGUUUUUGAUUUUAGGAAAGAGGUUUAGAAUACAGUAAGUGUAAAUGGACCUUCAACCCCUCAAUGAAACACACUACGAACCGCAAAUAUACAGUAUAUUUUAGUAAGUGGACGGGAACCACUUGUUUUAAUCAGAUUGUUUUUUAUUUUUAAUAUGAAUUAGCAAAUCCUCUCAUAACAACAUUUUCUAAUUUAUUCAAUACAAAGAAGUGUUACAGCAUUUCAUUUCAAGAGGUAUAAAUGUUGAGGAAUCUGCUGAUGCAUGUGUUGGUGAAAUGGUCCUUGUUGUUGCUUCGUCUUUAUUCACUCAUAAAAAGGAUGCAGCUGCUACUGCACAGACACAGAGACAUGAAGGCAUCAUCGGCUUCAAUGAUCCUCUGUGAGACGCACAAAGGAAGACAGACAGAUGAUAUCACUUAGAAAUAGCAGCAAUCUUUUAAAAGGAGUUUUUUUGGGUGCUUAAAGGCCUUAGAGUGCAGGUGACAUUAUAUGUGCUUUUGCAUUUAAACCUUGGUGCCUUUCAACAUUUACAGUGGCACUCGAAGAUACAAAAUAGUGUCAAUAUGUCAUAUUUAUUUAGCUAUCAUUUUGUGUUUUUCCACUUCAAAUAGACUAUUUAACUAGUGUAAACGAUCACAUGAAGCAUGACAUUGCUUUGGAUCUCAGUUGUUGUUGUUUUUUGGUAUAUAAAUGUUGAAAUGCGUCGCACAUUACGAUAUUUGAUCCCACAGGCUUAAAAUAUGUUUGCUACCUUGUUGUAUUAAACCUUUAGCACAAAUACCCAAAACCGUGAGUUAGAACAUAAAGUAACUGCAGAUCUUUUUCUUCCCUCAGAAUAAAAUUGCAACAUCUUCACCGCUGAACAGAUGAAUACAAUUACUGGCUUUCUGCUGGUUUUAUGAAGGCAGACAUUUAUAUUUAUUGUACAGACAUAACAGUUGUAUUAUUCUUGUGGUCUAACGAUCAUCUGUAUGACAGUGAAGGAGCCCUGUAAAGCUUUUUUAAUUAUUCCCUUACAUGAGAUGUUAGAAGCUGGAUAGAAUUUUGAAAAUGAAAAUUCUACAAAAACAGACACUAUCUGGCGUACUUGACCUGGUUUCCAGAGGUUUGUGAAAACCAAGAAAACAUUCAGAUCUCAACAAGACAAAGCAAAUCUUUGUGCAAGGUAAGAUACCAAAAGGUAGAACUUUGUUGACUUGCACAAUGCCUCCACAAGCAGCAGAUUUUCUGUAGAUGGGAAGUGUCUUUG